GCUCACUCCGUAACCAGCAGCGAUGCAUCACUCCUUGUUCCCCAUGUGCGUCCUGGGACUUCUUGCCCUUUCCUCUGCCUGCUACAUCCAGAACUGCCCCCGAGGAGGGAAGCGAGCGCUGCCGGAUACUGGGAUCAGACAGUGCAUGUCCUGUGGCCCCGGAGACAGGGGCCGCUGCUUCGGCCCCAGUAUCUGCUGUGGGGAGGGUCUCGGCUGCCUGCUGGGCUCCCCAGAAACAGCUCACUGUGUGGAGGAGAACUACCUGCUGACUCCCUGCCAGGCAGGAGGACGACCCUGCGGAUCUGAGGGAGGACGCUGCGCUGCUUCAGGACUCUGCUGCAACUCUGAGGGCUGUGUGGUGGACUCUGACUGCCUAGGGGAGACAGAGAACACAGAUCCAGCUCAUGGCUCUGCCAGGAGUUCACCAACAGACCUGCUGCUGCGUCUGCUGCAUGUGGCCACCAGAGGACAGAAUGAGUACUGAUACUGUAUUCGUGGACAUCGCCCUGCUCCUCCAGGCCUGGAGCUGUAACAGAAAUGAAGACCAUCCUCGUUCCAUCAUAAACCUCAAGAUCUGAACUCUGAAACAAAAGCCAAGUCAAACUUUGUCUCUGAACCACUGUGGCUGUGCUGUUCUGUUUCUGUUUGAACUAUCUUCAACUUGUUUUUGAUUAGCUACUUAUAUACAAAUCCUGGAGGAGAAGAAUCAUAACAAUGGGCUUGAAAUUAGUAGAUUUCAUGUUUGCUCCCACUUCUAAAACUGUAUAUACUAAUGCACAUACUGUAAACAAAGUUUAUUGUCUAUAAGGACAAACCUCAGAGCUCCAAUUCAAAUAGUUUCUAAAAGUUCUAUCUGAAAACACUGUAAAUAAGUCAAACAUUGAAGAUUGAGGUUGGUGUAGAGACUCGUGUAGAACAGCUGAAUGCUUGAGCAGUCACUUCUUGUGUAGUAGAAAUAUUGUAUAUUGAAAAUAAGAGAAACAAUACAGAAUGUAUCACUGCCAAAGGC